AUGCGUUACUCCUUUUCCUUCAGUUUCUUGUUCUCUUUCGAUUGGCGAAUUUUCAUUUCUUCUGCGAUUUGGUUGAUCGUAUCAUGUUCAGCUUGCAGCACCAGCACUCAUUCUACAAUUUCGAUUUUUUUAUUUUUUACAAUCCGCAGUGGAUUGUAUUGGAAUCACUUUUGGCUAAUUGAUAAUCAGUUGAAGUUGAAAACAUUCACAACCAUGUUUAAGAAGAGAUCGCAGAAUCAUCAUGACACGGAUGCUGCAGAACGAGAAGCUAAGGUUAGGCUAUUGAGGGAAUCCAUUGGACCACUUUCCGGUCGAAGCUUCAAGUUCUGCACUGAUGCAUGCCUAAGGAGAUAUUUAGAAGCAAGGAAUUGGAAUACUAGCAAAGCUCAAAAAAUGCUGGAGGAGACCUUGAAGUGGAGGGCAGAAUACAAACCAGAAGAAAUACGUUGGCACCAAGUUGAACAUGAAGGAGAGACAGGGAAGGCUUACAAGGCUAAUUUCUGCGACCGACAGGGGAGAGUUGUUCUCAUCCUGAGGCCGGGGAAGCAGAACACAAACUCCCAUGAGGGCAAUAUUCGCCAUCUUGUGUACAGAAUGGAGAAUGCGAUUCUCAAUCUGCCCGAGGGACAAGGGCAAAUGACAUGGCUCAUAGACUUCUCCGGAUGGUCAUUGAACAACAACAUUCCCAUUAAGACCGCCCGUGAAAUCACCAAUAUUCUGCAGAAUCACUAUCCCGAAAGACUUGCAAUAGCUAUUCUCUACAAUCCCCCAAAAUUCUUCGAGGCGUUUUGGAAGGUUGUGAAGAUAUUCGUGGAUCAGAAAACGCAUCAGAAACUAAGGUUCAUUUACCCGAAUAGCAAAGAUAGCCAGGAGAUAAUGAUGAGCUUGUUCGACAAGGAGAACCUUCCCAAGGAGUUUGGUGGAAAAGCUACACUGGAAUACGACCAUGAAGAAUCUUCCAGAUUAAUGGCUCAGGAUGACGUCAAGACUGCAAUGUUCUGGGGAUUAGACAGCGAUGAGGCCAAUGGAAAGCACAAGAGCCCCGCGCCACCUGCAACCUAACUAUCAAAAAAAUAUGAAAUGUUCACUAGCUACAAUUCAAAUGUCAAACUCCGAUAAUGGCAAAGACCGAGUAAUUUGGAAUUA